AUGGACAAGAAGGUGGUGUUGAUCACCGGCUGCUCGUCUGGCAUCGGGCUCAGCCUGGCGGUCCGUUUGGCCUCCCACCCGGAUCAGAUGUUCAAAGUGUACGCCACCAUGAGGAACCUGGCCAAGAAGGAACGUCUUCUGGAGUGCGUCAAAGGUCUGCACAAGGACACCCUGGAGGUUCUUCAGAUGGACGUCACAGACCACCAGUCCAUCCUGGAUGCCCGGGACAAGGUGGUGGAGAAACGAGUGGACAUUCUGGUGUGCAACGCCGGUGUCGGUUUAAUGGGUCCGCUGGAGGUCCAAUCGUUGGACUCCAUGAAGCAGAUUCUGGAAGUCAACCUUCUGGGAACGAUACAGACCAUAAAGGCCUUCCUACCCGGCAUGAAGGCUCAACGUGGGGGUCGUAUCCUGGUCACGGGAAGCACCGGCGGUCUUCACGGUCUUCCUUUUAAUGAGGUGUACUGUGCUAGCAAGUUCGCCGUGGAGGGGGCGUGCGAGAGCUUGGCUAUUCUCCUGCAACGCUUCAACAUCCAUGUUAGUCUUAUCGUAUGUGGCCCCGUCAACACUGACUUCCUGGUCAACCUGAAGAAGGCGGAGCUUGGGGAUGAGUGCCUGCAACAUGUCGACGCCCACACGCUUAGCCUGUAUGAGAAAUACCUGCAGCAUUGUAGCCACGUCUUCCAAAACGCUGCACAGGACACCGAGGACAUCGUAAAGGUGUUUUUGGACGCCAUACAGUCACCCAAACCCGCCUUCAGAUACUUCACCUGCGGGGCAGUGCCCCCUCUGAUCGAAAUGAAGGUCACGCAGCUGGACGGCCUUGAGUACAUCAACACCAUGAGCAACCUCAUGUUUACGUUUGCAGAAAAAUAACAUACAUUUGUUGUAUAUUGUACUGCAAUGUAUAAUUAUCAAUCAUUUAACUCUUAACAACACUGUUUUUCAUUUUUGUGGGAAA